AUGCAUCGCGUCCAUCUGCUCGUCGGCAUCUUCAGUGCCUUUCUGGCAUAUGCGGUGGCUGUGAGCCAGAACACACUCCCGACUCUCACACUGCCGGUAGAGACCGUCUUCCAGUUCGGCGAGAUAGGCACCUGGAUCGAGAAUCUGGUGAUCCGCAAGAAUGGGCAUAUCCUCUUCACCACGGUAUCCCCCAACGCAUCUCUCUACCAGCUCGCGUGCCCGUGUACGGCCAAGACGGAAGCUACGCUAGUCCACCACUUCGCCAACAUCACGGCCCUCACCGGCAUCGACGCGGUCACGGAUGAUACGUUUGUUGUCCUGGGGGGAAACACGUCAGCGCCGGGAACUCCAAUUCUGGGAACUUGGUCGGCUUGGGAGGUGACCUUUGGCGUCGACGCAGCGGCACUCUUCAUCCAGAAGAUCGUCGACCUCCCCGGUGAUGUGAUGCCGAACGGCAUCGCACUGGUUCCCAAGCACCCAAACAUCCUUCUCAUCACGGACUCAAAGGGAGGCUCAAUCCUCCGUCUCGACCGCGCCGCACGAACCUGCGAGCCGGUGAUCCAACUGCCCGUGAUGGAGCCCGCCCCCCACUCCGUACCGGCCAUCGGCAUCAACGGCCUCAAGAUCCGCGACGGCUUCGCAUACUGGACCAACAGCUUCGCCAGCACCAUCUACCGCACCUGCAUUGACGACGACGGGUUGCCGUGCGGGGGCGACGACGAUCCCCAGAACGCGACCGAGCUCGUGGCCGUUGUCCGCCAGACCUGGCUGGACGACGUUACCUUUGGCGGGGACGGCACGAUGUGGCUGGCUACCAAUCCUAACAACACGGUUGUUGCCAUCAGUGCUGAGGGGAAGCAGGUAGUGGUCGCCGGGUCUGGAGCGGAUCUGGGCCUUGCGGGAGCCACGGCGCUUGCUUUCGGGAGGACUGCCAUUGAUGCGGACGUGCUCUACGUGACUACGUCGGGCGGCCUUGCGUUGCCUAUUAACGGCACGGUCGUUGAGCCUGGCAAAGUCGUUGCGGUUAAUACUGGCAACUGGAAGGAGAUCUAG